GUCUACACUGUAGUGCUUUUAUCAGAUAAGAAUUGUCCGUGUCAUUAGGAGAGUGAGUUACACAGUACAUAUUUAGUGUAUGCAAUUAUAGUUCAACUUUUCAAGAUUUUAAGGAUUUUCACUAUACUGUAUUAAAGUCAGCAUUGGUGCGUUGCAUGUGAGUGGCCAAUUCAAGAGGUUAUGGAUUCCAUAAGUAAUAUUUUACCAGCUAUUUCACAGCUCAUCUCUGCAGUCCGUCCCAGAGAUAAUGAUCAGCAUUCAAAAGCGGAUAUGGAGCAGUUGGUUAGAAGUGUAGUGAAUGAUUGCUUACAGAAGCAAGCAGCUACUGAGCAAAGAGACUUUGUUAACAGUUUGAUGGAAAUUGUAAAGGAAAGCAUAGCACGACCUGUGGAAACACGUCGGGAACCAGAUGUGGAAGAUUUGCUGAAAACAUUCAGGAAGAUGAACGUAGAAAAUAAAAUGCAACAGUCAGGGACAGACGAGUCUCAGAAAAACAAGCAAAUGGUCAUGGAGGUACUACAGCAACUAAUGAAUGACCAGAAGACAGGGCAGAAUGAUACUAGGAGCAGAACUCGUGAACGCUCUGUCAGUAGUAAUUUCGUACUGCCAUGGUGUGACGACCCAAACACUGACAGUCAGCCCAAGUUUUCUGGCAAAGGAAAACAGUUUUCAGAAAAUAGAGCACCUGGGAAUGAUAUGCAGGACAAAUACUUCAACAAAAACAAAGGACUCCGUGAAAAGAAAGGUUUUGAUGACCAACAGAUGAAGAACGCGUAUCAGGGAAGAGGUGGUUUCAGAGGAGGUAACCGGGGGAAUUUCUCCCAGGACAGAUCGCGCAAGGACAAUUUUGGAAGAGGCGGAGGAGCAGCUGGUCCGACUAACGAGUUUGCCCAGGCCCGGUCUCACAGUCAAACCACGUAUCAGCGCUUCCCCAGUGCGCCCGGGGCCAAUCAGCCCUUCAAUACACAGCAUCAGCAUCAGAAUUGGCAACAAGAAGGAGCCGUGGGAUAUAACACGCCCUAUCAGGGACCCACAAACCACCAUACGUACCAGCAACCAUUUGUAACACCAGUCAACACCAACUACGGGCCUGGCCCAGGCAGCCACCCGAGCUUCCCCAGGCAGCAGUUUGGGUACGCCAAUGCGCACAGGAAUGCCUAUCCGUCAGUUGUACCACCACUUCUGAACCCGCCAUCUCAGAACAACCACUUAAACAAUUUCAGCCAGCCACCUCCACCAGUGUUCAUCAAGCCUGUGGAUGCUGGUCAAGGAUAUCAGUUCAGAGGCAGGGGUGGUUACCAGAGGGGUGGAUACCAAAGGGGUGGUUACCAGAGAGGUGGUUAUAACAAUAGCAGACCAGUCUCAAGAGGUGACAGAUCUGACAAUGUUCAUCGAAAUUCUUCAGACUUGCUUGCUGGGUUGUCAUUCGAGGAGGUGACAACCAUUAAAAAUGCCCUCAAAUCUGAUUCAGAUGCAAUGCAGUCAAAGGGUAAAAAAAAUAAAACUCAAUUCAAACCAAAAAAAAGCAACAUGCCUGGAAAACAGAAUGAGAAAGAAAAUGAUGAAGAUGAAGUACAAAAUUUGGUAAAAAAUGAAAAUAAAGUGUUAGAAGACAAUCAAUGUGCUACAGCGCAAUCAACUGGUGCGAAGAAAAAAAAGAAAACCUUCCAAAACAAUGAAGCAGAAACAGAGAAAUCUGCUUCUAGCGAAAAAAUGAAGUUACUUUUUGGUCUCGGAAUCAACAAGGAUGCUCUCGCCAACGUUGAUUCAAAUCAAGAAAUCAAGCACGUAGUACUGAUUGCUCGAAGUGGUAAUGAAACCAAGACCUUUCAGCCUAAAACAAUUGGGCAAUUCAAAGAUUUCAUGUCAAAGUACCCAAAUGCUGAAGGCAUUGUUGUGAAAAAAGUAAGUCUGUCCAAGAAGGAAUAAUAUUUUCAGUUCAUUUUAACAAAGAAUAAAGGUUAUUACUCAUUUUCAUCUUUGGCAGUAGAACUAUGUUUGAUGCUGGUAUUUUGUAGAACUUAACAUGGAGGUCAGACCUCCUGAAAGUAUAAAAGAAAAGAAAAUUGUCAUUAGUAGCAGAGUUGUGUGGGAUCCUGAUUUUUCCUGAAAAACCGGAAACACAUUUUUUCAAAACAUGAGGCGGAAUACUAUUUUUUUUCUUCCGGAUUUUAUUUCGGUAUUCAUGUCCACGUGCAAAACUUAUCAAAUUAUUAUCAAAUAAAGCACAGCACGUUGACCAAAUUCCAUAUAUGCACACAAUUGAAAACACAUGAUUUUCAGCAGUUCAAAUACAAACUAUUAGCGGUGGUAUAAAAAAUAAUCUCAGGCAAAUCAUUAACGAGCGCUUUGUUUCGCAUUUGAAACACAUGCAUAAUAAUAAAAGUUAUUUUACUAUUGUCGUGAAUCAGUAGCAAAACAAAUUUGUCAUCAAUUGAAAAUACAAAUGUUAGACAUAUUAAAUGCGUAAGAAACAGUUGUUUGUUUUGUAUCAUGUACCAUAUCGAAAAAAAAUGGGUUGCUUUCAUGGACUAGAUCAACAGAAAACAAUGCUAUGGGCAAAAUGUGAACGUAGUAGUUUAAACUAUGUUUAAAUAGAUAGGUAAGAUGGAUCUACUACCAUUUUCACACAUAAGGUUACAUACAGAAAUGUAAACAUAUAUAAAAGUGCCAGAAUCUAGUGGAAAUUUACUGUAAAUGGGUUUGUAAUAUUGCAGAAUGGGUACGUGACUAUCGUAUAUAACUAUAAAAAGUGAAUAAUGUGAGUAAAAAAUGAAACUAUGAGCUAUUUAGUAAUUAGUGUGCAAAUUAAGUCUUUUGUUUUAAUUUUGUGGUUAUAAUAAAUUUGAAUAAGGUUAGCCUUAUUUUGUCAAAUUACCUGCUCUACCUGUGUAAUAGUAUGGAAAUUUUGGAAAUUGGUACCUAAAAUUAUUCCCAAUGUAAUACUACGGUAUUAUCAGACUAACUGAAACUGUUUGUUAUUGUUUUACGUUCGAGGUUAAUAUCGCUUCCCGAUACUUUCGGCAGUGUUUUGUUUUGUUUCACGCAUGGCGGCGCGCGCAGCUCGUGCUGCGUCGUCAUGACAACUGCUAAAAUAAAUAAUCGCGCGGCGUUUGGAACAGCUUUAACGAGCCUAUGCUUGAUUGAUAUUGACAUUUCAUUGGCUUCAUUAAAAAGGACGCUAAUGUGUCGCGGCCGUGAUUGGCCCUUUUCAAUUAACAAUUUAAUUUCGGCAAGAGAGAAGAAAAAGAGUGGAAAAUGACGCCAUUUAGUGCGUGUGGUAGUGUAUUCCCUCUGGGAAUAUUUUAUUUGUGGCGAUGCUAAUUUCGGCGUUAUUGGUCUGGAAAUUACGUCAAAAUACUGGGCAAUAUUAAUUGACGCCCUGUAAUUGAAUGCAGAAGAAUCGCAUUCAAUUCACGUGAGUGACGAAGUAUUUUACGAACGACCUUAAUCAUCCAGAGUUAAGGUAUGGUCUGCAUCAUCGCUAUAUAAUAAAAUUGACGUAAAUUUUACCGUCAACGUAUGCGAACUGUAAUUGUAUAAACUUUGGAUUAUCAUAAAAGUAGUUGAACAUUGACUUUCGGCUAGGGAUGGGUCGAUUCGAUUCUCCGAUUCCUCGAUACCACCGAUUAUUAAAAAAUUUGGGUACUCAGUAUCGGGUACUAAAAAAGGGCAAGGUAGGUUAGGAAUCGGUUAAGUUAAGAAAAUACAGUAGUAAUAUAUUUUCGUCUGAACUUUACUUACUUAUUUUAAUAUAUCUUACCUGCCGUAUGCGCUUAAAAUUCCUAAUAAUGCUCAUUAUGAUUAAAUAUUAAUUUUAUACGAAUAAAAAUAAAUAAAAACAAUGUUACCGGGCAUGUUUAACCUCUAAUUAAAACUCCACGAUCGAAGAACAUUAUUCCUCACUCAUGUAUUAGACGUAAAUAAAUUGUAAAAAGAGUUAUUAAUUUUAUUUGCAGUUAAGAAAAGUCCAUUGUUUUUUGUGAAGAAAGUGACGGAUACGAAACGAGAUCACAUCACGUGUCGUCACCAUUUUAGUUGUGAGCCAUUCAAGGAUGAUGGCCUCCACAAAAUCUCUGGUGGCCAUAAAAUAUAAAGUCAAGUCGAAACGUAUCGAUUCGUUGCGUACGGGACAAAUUGUAUAAUGAAAGCAACAAUCGAUAAUAAAGAAUUAUCUGGCCAUACCGCCAACAGAGGCUCGUGUUUAUUUCUUGCAAAGGAAAACCGUAAUAAUUACUAGAAAAACACUUGAAAAUAGUUUUAGCAAAACAAUAUUUGUGCCAAAUAAAUAGCAUAAAUGCGAAACAAUUCACAGUAACCUCAAUAGCACGACUAGCCAGGUAUUUUCAAGUGUUUUGCUAGUUUGUUAGUAAAAAAAUGUUCGCCGACUGUCGUUUCAAAUUACGAUGCGAAUGGUCUGAUAUUGUAUCAACAUGUCUAAAGUUUGGGAACAUUUUCGCAUCAAUAGUGAAAAUGACAAAUAUGCAAUUUGUAAUAAUGGUAGUGCGCAAAUUUCACGGAGCGGUACUUAUAAAUCUACAACCAAUUUAAUGAAGCAUUUGAAAUCCCGGCACACAUUACUACCAGAAAAAAUAGUCUUUGAAGAAAAACAAACUUUUGUUUACAGCACUGUCACCAACUAAGUCACAAGGUAGGGGAGACCGGGGAUACAUUGGACAAUUUUGACUUAAGAUUUUUUUUUAGACACUGUAACUAACUUUUUAAUAUGAUUGAAGUAUUAUUCAAUAGUUUUGACCUUCGGCAAUUCAUUUUAGCUAGAAAAAAUUACCUCACAUUCACGAGUACUAUUUUGGGACAAAGAAAUUGCAGAGUUGCAUAUUGUCCAAACUAUCCCCAUAUGCGGGGUUACAAUGGACAUUGAAGGGGGAUAGUUUGGACAAAUAUUGGAAAUGGAAUGUAGGCUAAUUAUCUUAGUGAUUUCCACAUUAAUUUUAAUUGACUUCAAACAUUAUUUGUGUUAGGUAUUCCACAGAGUCACUAACCGAUAAAUAAAAUAAUUAACAUUGAUAGCACAUCAUUUUUUUCAAUUUUGAUGAUAACUAACGUAAGUCAUUGAACUUAGUUAAACUUUUUCCUUUAAAGUAGUACUUUCCUCUUCGUUCUGACAGCAAAGGAAGUUUCUUGCAAAUGUCUUCGAAUACAACAGACUUGUCUUCUACUGCAGGAUAAACAAAUGAUAUUCCUCGUCUUCGAAGAAACUUUAUUUCAUACUCGAACACUGGUUUGAUUACUGUCACAAUACUACCAAUGUAGUGCACCACUUUUUUCUUUUGUGCAAAUUUCACUACAACAAAGUCUGCCUCCUUCAGUUCAGAAACAUCUUCACCAUCACUUUCUUCGGACUUUGACGAAGAAAACGGAGAAUCCCCAGACUCGUCACACAAUUUAUCAACGUCUUCAGUACUCGAACUUGAUGUCGUAAGAACUUUCUUCUUAACACUGGAACUGUUUUUUUUCUCCGGGUUCAUCUUCUCAGGAGUGUCUGUAGCUAUCAUACAUCUGCCAUGUUUCUGGCCACGUGUGGACUGAACUCUAACGAUCUCCUUUUGGAAUGGGUCUAACUUAUUCUGGCAAGACAGCACCUAUUGCCGCAUAACUCGUAGCUAUCACUGCAGAGCUUGGAACCUGAAACAAGGAACUUCUUUCUGCCACUUGGAUGCUGGGUCCAGGGUUGUCUUAGUUCAUAACCAAGAGGGGAUGAUCAGACACUGCAGAUGAUAAGAAAUCUUCAUCUGAGAAGACAUAUAUGUUUAAAGGCACAAUGCCAGCAACUCUGAAACCAGACUUAACAUUUUGUGGAGUUGCUGCUCUGUCCCAAGCAGAACCACACAGUUUUGGGAGAGCAUAAAUGUUAAGUGUUACAUUUGGGUUGGAGUUCAUCCAAGAGUUUACAGCCACACUGAAGAAUUUUUUGAUAGAACCAAAUACACAACUAUCCAGUGGCUGCAGCUUGUUAGAUGUGUGGGGGGGAAGUGUCAGCACCACAAUGCCAUUUUGCUUGCAGAAUUCUAAACUCUGAACACUCAAGUGUGAGUCAUGAUUAUCCACUAUGAGAAGCACGGGGCUCUCCUGGUGCACCGUACAUUGUCUUUGAAAAACUGUAAAACUUCUGCAAAAUUGUCUGAUGUCAUCCAGCCCGAGACCAAGAGAACCAACUGGAGCCCCUGACAUCGUACGUGUUUCAUCGUAGUGCACCCGAAGAAAAAUCCAUACUGGAGGCAGUGCAUUACCAUUGCCACAGAUUAUCCCCACCUGUGUGAUAAGUUCCCCGCGCUCUCGAGAUGUGACUUGUACUACCUGUUUGAGUCCUUUCAGCGCAAUAAUUUUCUCAGUAUGAGGAACUGUUGUCACUCCAGUUUCAUCUAAAUUAUAGAUCUGGUUUGGCUGGAAGUUGUGCCUUUUGAGUACAGUUUCAAGUUUAUCAAAGAAUACACCCACAGUAUGCCUGUUGAAAGCAGUCAUUCUCGCCAAACUUGUCGCUUCUGGUGUUCGUAUGGUUAGGCUAGGUUGUCUUUUCAUAAAAGCUGAGAACCAGUCUACACCAGCUUCUCCCUUCUCAUCCCAAGUAGUUGGCACUAGCAAACCAUUCUGUUUUGCAUAUUCUUAUGCCAAUCUUCUUGUAGUUUUUGGAGUAAGUCCAUAAAACAUUCCUGAGCACUUAACAAGAUACUCAGCAAGUGAUUUUUCCAUUGCAUCUCGAAUAACUUGCCUAUUUUUAAAGGAGCUGAUACAUACCAUGUUGGCAAGGCCACAUUCUUUCGCUUUUUGAACUAAAUACCCCAAACGGGACUUCUUCACUCCAUAUUGUGUGGCCUAACACGCAGUGAUGUACCCCUUUCAAUCACAUCCUCGACUGCAGCUUUUGUAUCCCCUUCUCCUGACUGCCUUUCAGUCCACCUUUUGUAAUUCCGCACCAUUUAUUAGGAAACAAUAAAAUAGAGGAAUAUAUUGCUAAUAUUUGUAGCAAAUAAACAGUGCGAAUACAGUAUGGCCACACAAAACAUACAUUGGUUAGACAUGGAGAUACAUUGAACAUACACGGGGAUACAUUGGACAGUUGUCCAAUGUAUCCCCCGCUCUGUCCAAUAUAACCCCAUAUUUUAAUGUGAAACUAAAAUGGAAUUUGUCAAUAAUCUAAUUGAAUGAUUUCAUUUUUGCAUAACAUUGCGUUAUUUCAAAUACUUUUAACAAAAUUUAAAAUAACAUAUAACAAAAUUCUUUUGCAAUAAAGUAUUUAAAUCUGUACAACAUAUAGUUUAAAAUAUUAUAAUGCUACUUCAAAAAACAAACAUUUGUCUCUGACCUUGUCACUUGUCAACAUAGGAUGUCAUAUUGGAGGUCAGCUGGUUUGGGAGGACAUGAAACACAAUAUUCACAAGCAAUGGUACCAACCAUAGCUUCAUGGGAGCUAAUUUACUAAUGUCCAAUGUAUCCCCGUGUCCAAACUAUCCCCGGUCUCCCCUACCACAGAAAAAAGUAGUGCUACCUUUGAACCCAUUUUGAACAAAGAUGUUAUGUUAUCGGCGUUAUCGCCUGUUAAAGAACCUUGUCUAAAUGUUGAACUUCAUUGUGCACAGCCUAGUACUUACUAGCGAACAAACUUUAUGUGAAAAUGCUUCUUCACUGGUAAUUGAAAAAAAAAAAAACCCUCAACAUUUAAUCCUAAGUCUAUAAUUAUCCUUUAUACAUGUUAUUAUCAUUAUGUAAUGCAUUCAAUUCUUAAGUAGUUUUAAUUAUGUGACCAGAAUUACCAGGAAUCGAAAACUGGAAUGACUCGGAAUCGAGAAUCAAAAUUUAGGAAUCGGUACUGGUAUCGGAAUCGAUAAAAAUGUGUACUCAACCCAUCCCUACUUUCGGCGAAUAACGGCAAAUUUACUCACAUUAGCACAAACUAUAUGUACACAAGUCCAGAAGUCUUUAGGUUAGGCGUUUCAUGCUCGAGCAAGCCGGAGCAAAACCCCAAAACUUUUACUCAGUGAACAAUUUCAGGAACUUUAUUUAUUUUGUAUUAUUUUAUUCAAGAGUCAGGUUAUCUACGACAUCCCAUAGACUUUAUUUAAUAUUUGUUUGUUUGGUUAUUAUUUCCAUGACUCGAGGUUUCUCAUUAUGGUUAAAACAAUAAAAUAAGUCUUAUUGUGUUAUUUUGUUGUUAAUUCUUGAUCACCUCUGGCGCCCUAUUAUUAAUUCCUGGAAUAAUGUUCCGAGUAAUAAAAAAAUGGAAAAUCUUAGUUUCAUCAAGUACACGUUUGUGUACAGAAGGGAGUAAGAAAUUACAAACCAUUUUUCUGGCGCACGAACUGUGGGGCCGAUAGUGUGCAUAUUUGUAUUGUGUUUUGUGUGGUAAAUUAAAACAGUAAAUAUGGAAACUAGGGGAAGGAGUAGACGUGUCAGUCAGGACAGCUCCAGGGACAGUAGUGUGGAGUCUACACACUCUGUAGAUGUAUCUGUUCCCACAUCACCUAGCCAAGUACAUAACACAGAUUUUGUUACCCCAGUAACACAUGCUGGAGCAGCUAGAGUAGAUGUGACACCACCCCAAGCUACCACCACACCACACACAUCUUUUCCUGUACUGCCAGCUGCCAUAAGUAAUGAAACAAGUGCUAGCUUACUCAUCAUGCUGCAGAGCAUGUGGCAGGAAGUAAAAUCUAACCACCAACAACAACAAGCUAGUUUAGAAAAACAACAAGAACAGAGUACUAGGCUAGAAGAACAGAAUGCUAGAUUGGAGGAAAAUCUCAAUAGUACUAAAGAUAGUAUUAAGCAGCAAUUGGACAAACAACAACUAGAACAAAAUGCUAGAUUGGAGGAAGGUCUCAGGGACACUAAGGAGUCUAUUAAUAACACACUUCAAAAGGAAAUGAGUGAAGUCAAGAGUAGUGUGUCUGCUAUUUCUGUGCGGUUGGCAGAACACGAAAAUUACACUGAGACACAGUUGCAGCUAAUACAACAACAAUGUAGUAGUACAACAACUAGGUUAGCAGCAGAGUUAACUACCCAGACCAGCCAGCUGAAUGACAGGUUAAACCAAUUAGCUGAGCAAGCUGCUCAGAUUAGCUGUGGCCUUGAUCAAAUUCAAUCUACAUGCCAGACCAUGAUUGAAAAUGUAGUAAUCAAUCACACCACAGACAUGAGGGAGCAGGUGGACACAUUAGUGAAAAGGCAGACCGAGUUUUCACUUGACAUAGAGCAACAGGUAGGCAAGCUACAAGAGAAGGUAUUGCAGUUGAGGGUAGACAAUCUUACUCGCACCUCCAGUCACCAUGUAGCAUUGGCCCCAGCCCUGAACACCAAUGCCAAUGAAAUCCUCAGUAGCUGCGAUUCACCGCAGGUUGAGCAACCUGAGAUCCCAAUCACACGCUCCAACCCAGCUAACACACACACCACAUUGGACCCAGUUGCAGUGAUGCACCACCCGGCACGCCAAUGGUCAGAGGCGAUGCCUAGGUUCUCUGCUCAUGAAGGAGAGAAUCCAAUGAGAUUCCUUCGACGUUUCGAGGAAUACACUGACAUGUUCAGGCUAAGUGAUACUGAACGCCUGAAAUGCAUGGCAUGUGCACUGAGAGACCAUGCGUAUUACUGGUGGGAGGUAUUACAAAGUACCAUCACUUCCUACCAAGAAUUCAAAAGCCAUUUCAAACAGCAGUUUUGGAAUGUGAAAAUACAGGGAACACUGAGGGCACGUCUGCAUACCGAGCGGUAUGAUAGUAAGAAGAACCGAACUCUGGAGACACACUUGUCUCAAAUGUUCGAGAGGACGCGAUACCUCGAACCAGAGAUGGGUGAUAUUGAGUUCAUGGCGAUGGUGACUUCCCAGCUACCCAUCAAGUACCAAGUACAUUUGACAGGGCGUAGCUUCAACAAUAUCACAGAGUUCCGCGAACAGGUCCUCGCGUUCGACCGGCUGGAGCGGCUGUCCAGGAACAACAAUAGUGAGGUGGAGAAAGACCUCAAGCCUACACAUCAGAAGGCAGCACCACUCUACACACCCUGGCAGCGUGGUAACGACGGCGGCAAGGCCAACGUCCACUGCACGUCAUGGCAGCCUGCGAAACAGUACCGGACAGGGAAGUGGAAGACCAGGAGGGAAUUCCAACCUCAACAUCAAGGAAACCGCCAGCCGAAGAAACCCUACACCCACAACCAAAACCAGUGGUGGGGAAAGCAGUACCGUCCUGAAGAUCAAAAUGGAAGGCCACCCAGGUGGGAGUACAGGAGUUACUCUAACCGUCAGCCACCCAACAAUAUGCAACAGCAUAUGUUGCACUCCCCUGUAGCAGACACCGCUCCUGUGAAUCAAUCACCAGCGAGUUUCUCUACACUCAAUCAUCCUCCAACCACAUCGUACCCCAUGCAGCGUGGAUACUUUGCUCGGCAGCAACCGAUCCCACCCAACUGCACUGGAACGCAGCCUCAGCAGACUGCGAAUUGCAGCUACUCUCAAGCUGUAAUUGAGGAGCAUCAAAAUAAUUAUGCUCAGUAAGGUUGUAGGUAUUACCACCAACCUUAUACCCGGAAGAGACACACCUGAACAUAACAUGGAGGGGCUAACAACUCAGGAAGAAAUUGAAGAACUGGUACGAGACAAAUUAACAAGAGAAGCCGACCUUAGGAAGAAAAGGAAGCCAGCAUCUAGGAUCAGUAAAUUCACUGUAGGAGAAUUAGUUCUACGCCGUACAGCACCAACUAGUAACAAGUGGGCACAUCUAGCGAAGAAGCUAUUUUUAUUGUACUCAGGUCCCUACAAAGUAGUAGCUGUGGAGAAAUGUAACUGCUACACUCUACAGGACCCUGAUACAGGAAAAAUUGUAGGGAAUUACAAUUUGAGUCAGCUUAGGCCUUACAAAACACCUGUGGUGAAUUAGAACACCAAAUAUGUACCAUUAUUACUUGUGUUAUGCUAAAAACCAUUGUAUUGUUUAUGUUGCUAAGGAAAUUUAAAUAUAUAUAUCCUCAUGAGUUGAUAGAGGUAAUCCAGGUGUAUAGGUACCUCAUUGCUUCGAUAUGGUAAUUUAUAUUCGAAGAAUUAGGGUGUUUGUCAGUUGAUGAUUUUAUUCCAACUGAUAUUUGUGCUUGGAGCAUAUGUGUUGCCUGAGCGUUGGUUUGGUACAUUGUCCUAGAGGGACAUACCAAAUAUUAUGUACUGUGUGUACAGUUACUGUGUUGAGACACAGUUAUUAUCACCCUAUUAGUCGAGUUCGACCAUAUUAGCAAUGGAUAUACACGUGAGUUUUAAAUAAUAUUUUGGCAUAAGAUGUGUACAAACACUAUGUGACAUAUUACAAUGUAUAACUAAGGCAGCACACAACUAAAUACUACAUAUAAUUAAUGGCCUAAAGAUGGGUUGACUAAUAUCCUACUAAAUGAACACACUUGUUGGUAUGAGUAAUUACAGUUUGAUCCAGGCUACUGCCUUGCCCCUACCUAUGCUUCUUCAUCGUCUAGUAGUUAAUAAUGCACUUUGAUUGGGUUCCCACAGGACACCCGAAACUAUAAGUGGAUAUCAACUUCAUCCACACUCUUAUUAAUAGGAUGUAAAAACACUCCACUUUAUAUUGAGAAGAAAAGAAGAAA